ACCAAAUAUAAUCAUUCGAGCAGUCCAGGCAACGAGGAGCAACGCACUCUUUUCGACUCAUCGGAAAGAAGGAAUGCAUCGAAAAGUUGGGAAGAGAGCAUCCGGGAAACUACUUUCGUACCCAAAGCGAUGGUCGAGCUUAACAUGAUGGAAGUCGCCGCAUUAUAUGAAGCCGGGAAUGGAACAGGAAAUGUCGACAACGAAACUGAAGUGUCCUCGAAAAACCGAGGACAUCGAGCCCGGGAUUCCUUCGGCCUCACCUGACUACCGCUUCGCAACCAUGGUCAAAUGGGGCUGGGUUCGAGAAGAAAUCGCCAGGAAGAACAUUGCAAAACAAGUUGACCUCAGGGAGACAACUCUCAGGACUUUCACCGAGUGGGUCAACGACUAUCUUCCUAAUGCAGGAGGACUGCACAUGAUGGAUGCCCUUCUACACGCUCCCGACCGUGCGCUUGUUCCCUUCACUACCGAGCGCGACCAAGAGAUCGUAGGAACGGACUGGGAUCUUCCUCCUGCCACAAUCGACCCCAUCACUGGCGACGUCAUAGGCGGCUUGGAGGCCGACGACCGCGCUCAAGCCGAUGUUGGCGACGAUUCCUGUAUAAACAUUCUGCUCAGGAUAAUAGUCCCUGUGGCCGUGUACGUCUUUCCCAACUACAACAAGAUCGAGUUCGCGUGCAAGGUUGUUCGACAGCCCCGGAUGGUGCACAGUCUCACUGCUGGCGAAGCCAACAGCGCGUACUCUUGUCGUUUCAGUCUGGGAGAUCUGAUGGGGGGCUUGACUAUAGAUUCCACCCAAGAGUUACCAAAAAUGGAAUAGACUACGGCGUCAAUACCGAGCAGUUUUCGCAGGGGUUUCUAAAUACUACCGCCUACGCCCUGUGGUGUUUCGACCAGCAGAGUCCUAUGUACCUGUCUGACACGGUCGCCACUCAUGCUCCGUACGCUACAAAACCAGAAUACUGCCCCUGCUUUGGCCAGGCAUCUACUAUACAACCGCUGAACCCCGUAUCGGCAUCAGAAAAUAUUUGCCUGACUGAAGAACACGACCAUAGGUUGAGCAAGAACGCGUGCUAUGAAGGCACCCAAACCUGAUCCAUGAAGGUGCGCGCAGGAAGGCGCCUGGUAAUGGUCGGAUGCCGGAAAGGGUUGACCGUCGCCGUUGAAGCCCAGCC